GGUUGAGGUAAAUAGAGCUAGGGUUGAUUUUCAAAAUAGUAGAAAUGUUUACCGUAUCUACUAGUACCUGCAUUACAAAACCCUCUUUCACACCAGCAAAAAGUGACUGAACUAAGUAAGAUUACUCACAGGCUGCGCAAUGAUAGUCACUAUUGCAAAGCUUCCUUCCAGCAGAGACCAGAAUGGAAUCAAUCGCCCACCUCUCUAUUCCUGCCUGGCAAAAGAUUAACCAUUAACCAACUUUACACCUCAGCCGGCCACCAGAGACCCAAGCUUCCAAAACAGACAGAAGAGAGCAACACAAACUCAACCUUCUCACAAUCUCAAUCGACGAUCAUCAGAUCUUACCAUUGGCAACCAUGAAGUCUUCCUCAGUCGUCGCUGGAUUUCUGACCCUCAUGUCAGUGGCUCACGCUUCUGUCAUUCAAGAACAAGAACCCAACAAUGACAUUAACACUGCUCAGCAAAUCCCCAUUGCUGCCUUUACUCUUGGGUACAAUCCUAUUAUUUCAAACUCUGCUACACUUCCUUGGGUAACCAUUGAGGGGACUGGGGAUGGUACUUAUGACUUUUACUCAUUUGAGGUCCCCAAUACAGGAAUGAUUGCUUCCAUCUUCGACGUGGACAAUACAGGCAUCAUAGAUUCGUUUCUGACUCUGUAUGGCCCAAAUGGAAACUACCUUGCAUAUAAUGAUGAUGACGGUGGUGAUCCUGGCUCAAGCGCCCCUUUUGACUCCUACUUGACCUACACUUUCAAUACUCCUGGCACAUACACUGUUGCUGUGGGUGAAUGUUGCCGUUCUCCUCAUCAGUCAUCAACAAAUUGGAUUCCAAAUGGUGCCACCUACAAGUUGCACAUCUCCUUGGGUUAUUCAGAAGCACAGCUUCGAGCGGCAAAGGGAAUAACAGACCCACCCCAGGAAGAGCAGCCUGGAGAAGCGUAUGGCAUGGGUGACCCACACUUCAAGGUAUGA